AUGAUAAACAUACCUAAGAACCACGUGCACAAGCCUCAUUCUAUUAGACGAACAUCCUCCCUCAACGAGGGCUCUGUAGCUGGCUACAAAUCUGUUCCGGUCUUACAACAGAUGCUUUUGGUCGCCAAGUGUGCCCGGACCCAGUCUUUGCUUGCUGCAAACUGGGAUAUGACAACAAGGAAGCUGUCCUACUUCCCAUACUCUGAGAGGAAAAUAGGGCCUUGGCUCAGACGUCAAACUCUUGGUGGAAUGUUCGUUUUCCGAACAACAACGGCUUCUGGAACCUUUUUACUUGUAGCCAACGAGAGAGCCCGCGUUGAAGGAGGAUGUACAUCUGAUGGAUUGGGGCCUGUGAUUCAAAGACCUCGUCAACGUUUCAACUUCUUUGCCCCGGCAAAUACCCGACCAGGAGUCAUUGCUGAGGUAACGCUGCAACAAAACAGGGAAAUUACGAUUGACGUGGCUUCAGUGAACAUGCCGUUUGAUGACCUUGAGAGAUAUUCUGGAAUAGGACUUGCUUUGUGUACUGGUUUUACAACAGAUGCUUUUGGUCGCCAAGUGUGUACGGACCCAGUCUUUGCUUGCUGCAAAGUGGGUUAUGACAACCAGGAUGCCGUCCUACUUCCCAUACCCUAAGAGGAAAAAUAUUCCCAGUCUGGCCUCCUCGAUAUGCAUUUUGAACAUAUAGUAAUUCAGUCUUUUUCUAUUCAGGCAAGGCAAUGUGUUCAUUUUGGUUACACAGACACAUAUUUUAAAAUCUCUGAUAUACAUUAUUCAA